UGGAGUGGAUUUGGGGGAACAGGGAAGGAGAGAUCCGGGGUUUUCUCAUCCUUCUCACCUCCUGCCUUGCCCUCUCAGCUCUGCAAAUCCCGAGGGACUUUUUUUUUUUUUUUCCUUAUGGACAGGUUUUCGGGUUUUUGACUUUGUGGAUUGGAUCCUCCCCCAGCAGAGCCAGGGGGCUAGUUCCUGCCCAGCGCAUCUCCCUGGGACGGCUCGGGGCGGCCGGAGCGCAGCGCGCAGCAAAGCCCGGGUACCACUCUGGCCGGGAACUGGGGCAGGGAUACAGUCAGCAAAAGUCAGUCGGUGGAGAGAGCACCUCGGGUGGGGAAACCUAGGUCUGCCUUGCCUUUGCAUUUGGAUGGAGUGGAGGAGACACGGGACAUGUCCCAAGGGGCGGGGAUGUUCCGGCGGAGAGAGAUUAAGGCGAUGGACCAUAGGUAAUCUCUUUCCCGAAUGCCAGUUCUACACCGUCCUGCUUUUUCAUAGUACUUUUCACCGAUUUUUUUCUGCUUCUGUUUCUAUUUCGAGCACCACCUUGGGUGGUGGCGGCAGAUGAGGGUGGAGGGAGGCGGGGCGCCCACCCGCGAUGGGAGCGCACAAGACCCCCUCUCGGAACCGGGGGCACAACUAGGCGAGCCUGACAUCUCCAGGUGCGCUCUCUGAGCCAGCCGGCGGACUGCGCGCUGCUCCCCCUUCUGGCCCCAGCCUGUCCCGGGAGCCGGAGGGCCGGCUUCCAGAGCCGGGCAUAGGAUGGAGAAGCGGGCGGGAGCUGGAGCGGGGUUGCAAGGCUCGGGGUGGGGGGUGCGCUUGGCUGCGCGGUUGUUUGCCGGCGCUGUGCGUCUUCCAUUUCACCCCCUUCGCUGGCGGGCGUCCCCGCUUCUUCGUGCACCCAGGCCCCUCUCUCGGGAGCUGGGUUGCAUCUCUCCUCCGCCCUCCACUGUGCAGGACAAGACGUAGCCUUGCCUCGCUUCGCCUUGCCUUGCGCGCGUCUCGCUCCUCCCCCAGCGUUAUCCGCCGGCUAUUUUUAGCCACUACUUGCAGGAAGGUGCUUUUGGGGGGAUUCUGGGGAGGCGACUCCAAAUCCAUUCUCUUCGCACUGCGCGCCCAGAAGCGGUACCCUGCUGGCAGGGAGCAGCCGCGAGGAACAGCCAAGUGAGGAUGGAGAGUAUCCGCUCCUCCUCCCGCAGCCAGAGCUCUCGGAACCCGGGCACCACCGGCUCGGCUGCGCCGCCCGCCGCCCACCACGGGAGCGGGUCCCGGGAGGAGUCCCUGCGUCCGGGCCCCGUCGUUUGGCUGGCUUUCGUGGCUACAGCCCGGGCGCACGCAGGAUCCUUUGGGUCCUAACUCUUGCGUUCUCGCUUUGCAGCCACAUCUCACCCAAUUUCAUUGAAAGGCAAUUACCAACUUCCACUCAAGGGUUAAUUCCAGGAAUUCCGUCUUAAAAAGGGGUGGGGGAGGAAGGGACAUAACCUAACUUCUGUCUCCCUGUGUUUAGAAAGCCCAUCCUUUGGCGUUUGGAAAUACUCUUGUUUUCAGCAAGAUUGGGUGCAACUAGAAAAGCCUGGCCUCGUGAAAUUCCGGGAGAUGGACGCUUCAACUGCAAAUCCUCGCGUUAUUCUUUGCAUUUCCAGGGCUUACAUUCUUUUACUUCCAUAAGAUUGCAGAAGUAACAUGGUCAAAUGGACCACUGUGUUACAUAAGGUUUUCCCCAGAACUAGAAGAGAAAGAUCAGCUUCUCAAGGAGCCUUUCUGGGCUCCAGUGGGUCCCUCUAACUCUCAGCCCGUGUUGAUGGGGAUCUGGGAUUCACAACUUCGUGACUAAGCAUUCCUAAGUCCUGGCAGUUAAUUAGGACAGCAGCAUUGAGUGAGGAUUGGCCCAAGCUGCCUGGUGUAUGGUGCACUGUAGCUUUAAAAUGGGAGGUUUGGUUUUUUGUUUUGUUUUGUUUUGUUUGCUUGGGAAGCUGAUGAGAAAGUGGUACCUUGAACUUGCAAAUGGAAUUGGGAAAAUCCCAGGGAAGCUCUGUUGUUGGUACCCCUAGUAUGAAGCCACAAGUCCUCCAGUCCAAAGCAGUGCUUUGCACUGUGUAUAUGCUUAGGAACCCUUUGCUUGGACUCCCCAAUACAGUUGGGGCUUGUGCUUUCGUUGUCAAAAGAAGAAAGUUCCUUACUGGAAAAGCCCCGAGAGAGCUCUUUGAAGGGAAAAGCAAUGUGGAAGCUUUUCUUACCUUGAAUUACCAUCUGAUAGUGACCGGAAGGGGCUGGAAGUAUGGACGGGCUGAUGUAGAAUUGCUUGAUCCGUGCACACUACCUUUCCCCUGCCAGGGCAUCUACCCAGGGUAACACACACCCACCUUGAGUACUGAGUCGUGAGUCGUGUUCUCUCUGUUGAGCCUAGAGACUGGAGAGAAGAACACUACAAUGUAUUGAUAUCCUGUAGGUGAGCCUGUCCCAGGGUCAGGGCUCAGACAGCAGGCUCCGGGGCAUGUCUCUAAGCCAGGAUCCCUGUUCUGAGAGACAGUCUUGGAGGGAUGAAGACAAAGCUGGAGAGUUGUAAUGCUCUAGCUGCUAUGUAGCAAAUGCAGUAACUUUUCAGUGGGCGUUGGAAUAGACCAAGUUGUCCUCUGUGAUUUUGGUGUAUCUUCUUUGGACUCCACCAAUGAACCAGUGCUUCCUACUGAAGCUGCCCUUUUCUAAGUGGGGAGAGUGGUGAGUGUGCUAGUGGGAUUUGCAGGCCGCCUCUUGCCCCAGGCCCUAAGCAAAUUAGCUUUCCCUCGGAGCCUUGAAUUCUUCCUCUGAAAAAUAAGAGGCUGAAAGAUUUUUUAUGAGAAAGUGAGAAAACGUAUGUGCAGAGCAUUUGGCAAUUGUGAAACAAGGGUGAAAAAUGUUCAGGGCUACUUACCAUGUAUUUCCUGCAAAUUUCAUUUGGUCUGUUUUAAUGUUAAUUACAGAUUGCUAAUGUCUGCGUCAAUUACAUAUGCUAAAGGUUAAAUGGGGGAGAGGAUUUCAUAUAAUGGGCUGGUAUCUCCUUGUGAUCACCUAAAAUUCGUCAGCACCAGCCCUCCCUGCUCCUCAGAACCGUUAGUUUCUUGUUUUCAGGGUCAGAGUUAAAUUUUUUAGAGUAUUUUUUAAGAGUUAACUUAAUGGAUUUUGUAUCUUAACCUAUGUAUGUAUGUAUGUAUGUAUGUAUGUAUAUUUCGAGGAAGGGAGCUGAAAUUGAUUAAUCAGAAAAGGAGAAGAGUUCCGGAUGAGUGCAUCAGUUGGGGCAGAGUAAUACAUGAUCAAUUUCAGGACCGGAGUUGGGUCUCCCUUGUCUAAAUCUGUCAUCAGCAUAAAGCACUGGGUCUCUGUUGCAUUGUGGGUGUUCCAGAUUUGUCCCCGGGACCUAGCUAAGUGCCUGGUCACUUAAUAAAUGGCUCGACAAGUAGUUUUGAAUGAACGAUUGGACGGAAUCUCCACAGCAACCCUGUGUUGUGCACAGACAGAUGGCAUGAUUUCUAUUUUAGAGAUUUGGAAUGUGUAGAUCAGAAGAAAAGUUAACUGGUUUUCUUGAAGGUACAGAAGAUUCCAGAUUGGAGUUCGGGUCUGUCUGUUCUCAUUCUGUGCCGCUGCACUGAUCGUAUUGCCCCAUCCCUCCCAUCACCACCUAAGAUCCUCCUACCCCACAGUGGACUUUUGCAUUUUGGAAGGUGCCCCUGGAGGGACUUUUCAGUGGGAGGUGGGGCGCUCUUUCUCCUUGUCCAUCUCUCUGGGCCCUGAACGGAGGCUCGAUUGGAGGAUCCCACCUGGGACCUGGCAUCUUGAGGGACUUGCUAAGGGACGUCAGGACAGCUAAGUGUUCAUUUACCACCGUGAGUCAUGAAUCAAGUGGCGUCAGCAGCAGCGGGAGAUUUCAGGAUUUCCCAGAGGUGCUGUUCCCAUGGCAUGACCCUGACAUGUUCCCUGGCACCCAGGUGCCUUCCUUCUCUUUUUCCAAGCCUGGCUUUUUAGCUUCUCAGCUUCUCAUCAAUUCCUGGAGGUAACCCUUAGUCUUCAAGGAAGCUCCUUUUUCUGAGUUAGCCGCAAUGGUAACCAGCUCUUGUGCAGCCUCUCCCGAUCCCUUCAGGCCUGCCUCAGGCAUGAAGCUUUCUCAGCUUCCUCUCCCCACAGGGAAUUAAGCUCAUAGCUUUUUCAGGCCGUUAGAAUAAUAUUUACUGGGCCAUAGUUUGUCAAUGGUUAUGUGGUACCACCAGAGUUCUAGAAAAAUGAAUACAUUAUUCUUCCGAGGAAUAGCUUGAACAUAAUGGAAAUAGAUCCCAGUUGGCAUCUUUUCUUUACUUUUUUUUUUUUUUUUUUCCUCCAUGUUGCCUGCUUUUUGGUAGCUUUCCAGCAGGGGUCGUACAUUCAAAUGCCUUCCGAGGCCAGGCCAGUACCAGCCUGAGUGAAACAGGCCUUAGCCGGUGCCUGGUUGAGAAGUGUGGGGUUUGGGCACUGGAGCUCAGCCCCAACAUCGGGGUGGCCAGGACCUCUGGCCCUGUCCAGCCACAUCUGAUUUUUUUUUUUUUUCCAAGAGCUGUAAACUCACCAUUUUGCAAGGAAUCUACUGAGUUUUAAGUACCCGCAGUUGAGUCGAUUUUUUAAAAAAAAUAAUACCAUGUGGGCCAAACAGAGCACUUCUGUAAGUAGACUUUAUAUCUGUCGCACAGGCCUCCAGCGUAUGGCCUCUGGUUUCUGGGGAGAGAGAAGAAAUCGGUUGGAAUAUGAGACUAUGUAAAAUCAGUUACCCAGAAUGUUGAAGCAAAGGUGUUAUCGGGCAUGCUGUGUAGACAGCAUUCCAGUGAGUUACCCUUCAUGUUCAUGGAGCGUUUGCUUGGCGAUUCCUGUUCCCUGUCCUAAAAGGCAGUUACAACGAUCACAUUUAGACCUUUAACACACGUGUACUGACUUCUAGCCAUGGACCGAGGAUUGCACUACUCACUGGUGGCACAGGAGGGAAUAACACAGGUGAAAUCCUUGACCUUGUACUUACCUUCCAGGGGACAGGACAGAUUAAAGCAAGAUGGAUGAUAAUCUGUCCUCCUUUGGAUAGUGAUAUGCUAAGGAGAAAUCAGGAGAAGGCCAUAUGAAAAGCCAGAGUGCUAGGCUAAUACCUUAGGCCAGUAGCCAGGGAUCUCAAAGUUCAGUCUCUGACUCAAUGUAAUCAAAGUGAAAUGUCAUAAUCUGACAUAAAAGAUUGUUGGUGUGGGAGUUUAGACCCUUGAUUGUAUUCUAGGAGUUGCUGUUGUAGGUAAACCCCUGAUAACAGACUGUACUCUUUAAAUAAUAAUAAUAAUGUUUAUUUUUGAGAGAGAGAGAGAGAGAGAGAGGGCAGGGGAGGGGCAGAUAGAGAUUGGGAGACACAGAAUCCGAAGCAGGCUCCAGGGUCUGAGCUGUCAGCACAGAGCCUGACUUGGGGCUGGAACUUAAGAUCGUGACUUGAGCAGAAGUCAGAUGCUUAACCAACUGAGCCACCCAGGCGCCCCAGACUAUACUGUUAAUUUUAAUAAAAUAGACUAUUGAGUCCAUUUGUUGAGUGUCUAUCGGGUGCCAGACACUGGAGUAAGUGCUGGAAUCCAUUAAUGAACAAAACCCAUCAAGGACUAGUCCUCAAGGAAAUUGGAGACCAGCGUGGAAGACAUUAAUAAAUGAUCACAGAAGAGUAGGUAACUAAAGUGAGCAAGCAUUGUGGGACGUCCGCCUUAACUAUUGAGGUUUGGCACUUGGAACUCUGGCAUUCAGUACCUUUGUAAUCAAGCAUCUGAUCUGUGCUAGGAAUCCUUUCUGUCUCUGUUUCUCUGCCUGGUUGAAGCCAGGACCCUACCAUCAGUGAAGGUUUUUUUGAACCUUUAAUUUCUUUACCUGGCAAUGACAUUUUGUAUCCUUCUGAAAGUUCAUUUUGUAUCACAAAAACGAAGUAUUUUAAUUUUUUUUAAUGUUUCUUUUUGAGCGAGAGAGCAUGGGCAAGGGAGGGGCAGAGAGAGAAGGGAACAGAGGAUGCAGAGAGCAUGAGCCGGGAAGGGAGAGAGAGAAGGGAACAGAAGAAAAGAGGCAGGCUCUGCGCGCUGAACUGAGCCACUCAGGUGCCUGCAAAAUGAGGUAUUUUAAAAAUUGUUUCUAUGUGUGAAAGGUACUUGUGCCCUUUGAAACUCUGAUACGUACUCUGCCAAAUUUACCCUGGGCUUUGAUGUUGACUGUAGUGUAGAAGAUUAAAAAAUAGAUCUUACUCUUAAGGAACUUAGAGUGAGUAUGGCAGUCAGAUCAAUUAGCAUGUUUUUACACAGGAGGGGUAAAUGCAUAGUGUUUGGGGCUUUGCCUGGGUCCUUGACACACCUUUCCUGGAGAAUACCUCCCUCCAAUCAAUGUGUUGAUUUCUUUCAUUGCAGUCCUUUUCUCUCAUAGCAUGAUUUUGUAGCAAUAAUGUUUAUCUGGAGUCACCGUGUUAACUUCUCAGGCUCUCUUGCUUUAUUCUGUGACUCCCCAUCAGAACAUGUGCCCCAGGAGGGCAGACAUCUGGCAUGCAGGCAUGUUUCUCCCACCAGCUCCUAGAACAGUGUUACUGGUUCCAAGUGGUUGCUCAGAAAAGAAACAAGAGGCAACAUUUCUUUCCAGGGGAACUAGGGAAGGCUUCUUGGGGAAGAAAUAUUUAAGGAAAGAGAGAGAGGCAUGGAGAGAAAAGCCAAAGAAGGAUGAUAAAACAGAGUCACCCUUUGUAUAGACCCCCAAGCCCUCGUUGAGUCAUUUGUCCAAGUUAGGGAUUCCUAAUGUGGUCAGCCCAGGUGAAUAGCGGGUUAACAGGAACCCUUUGCUGGACAGAUCUGGGCUGUUCCAAAGCAUUCUGGCAUACAAAGAAUGAAAAAAAGAUUUAAAAAGAAUAAAAAAAUGGGGAAAAAAAAAAGAAAAUCAUGACACUGAUAAUUCCUUACUUCUAUGUAGAGUGAUAAUACCCAUAUUCUCCUUUGUUUUUUGUUUUUUGGUUGUUGUUGUUUUUCCUGCACCCAGCCCUUCAAGGGAGCCGGAGAGCUCUUAGCAUCUUCAUUUUUUUUUUUUUUUUUAUAUUUAAGGAAACUGAGGUCUGGAAUUGAGGCAACUUUUCUUAGAUCCCCAGAACGAGGGAGGCAGAUCCCAGAUUUGCAGCCAUGAUUCCCCACCUGCAGUGAGCAGAUGGCCCAAGGUGGAGACUCCUUAAAUCCCUGGAGGACCGAGGAGCCCGCGUUUUCUUUAAAGGAAGAAAUAUAUUUAGAUUUAAAACAUUCGCAUCUCCUUUUAUUUGUCAAGAACUUCCAUUUCAGCACUUUCCGAGAUGCAUUUUGUGUCUUGUUGAAUUUCCCCUAGAAUUCCUGCAGAUUAGGUACAGGCGCAGUAAGCUGUUUCAUGUAAAUGUCUCCACUCCUUAGUUUAGGAGAGUCAAUCAGAGUCCUGUAUCAGCAGUUAAAUACAGCGGGAGAAAGGUGAUUGCGGAUGCAGCUGAAAUGAAAAGCAUGCUUGCCUUGCUGUGCUCAGAAAAAUAAAUACUUGAGUGGCGAGGAGUGAGCACGGACUGGGCGUCUCCUUCGGAAAACUUGCUGGCACUUUAUUUAAAUUAUGUCUUACACCAGGUAUUUUUUUCCCGAGCGUCCAGGAUCGGAAGGAGGGAGAAGGUGACAGUGACAGAUUUUUGGGAUUAGAUUUUGGAGUUACUGUUGUGGUGGAGAGCACGUGGCUUUUGAAGUCACAUCUGUUUGAAUGGCUGAUGUCCCCCUCACCGACCGUCAUCCUGAGAAAUACAGUUUUCUGGGCCUCUGUUUUGUUAACGUUCUAAUGAGAAUUACAGGAGAUUGCCAUUAGAAAAUGCCUAGCAAAAUCUCCAGAAAACCUAUAUUCUUCUUGUGUAGAGUUGCCAGAUCUUACAAGUAAAAAUAUAGGACAUCCAGUUAAAUUUCAGUUUGAACAGCCUGUCAUGUUUUGGUACAGGUGUAUCCCAGAUACUAAGUAUUAAAAAGUUAUCCAUCGUUUUAUGAAAUAUAAAUUUGACUGAGAGAACUGUAUCUUACUAAACGUUCCUAUUCUCGUGGGGACUGUUCUGAGAGAUUAUUUUGGUGAAAGUCCUAGAAUCCUAAGAAGUUAGAGAGGGGAGAACAGUAAUAUUGAAGGUGAUGCAAUCUUGACCUUGGACCGGGGUGUGGUCCAAGGAGAAAAGGAGGGGUUGUUUUCUCUGGUGAGCUAAGCAGCGGAUCAAUCCAAGACAAGCUUGUUUGUUUGCUCACAGACGCAAAAGAAUUGUGGCUCUAACCAGAUCUCUCAGUGCAUUUAAUAAGUGAGACAGAUUCUCUCCCAAGUGGUGAUGGCGUGCACCAGAUUAUUCCCAACAACUUCUGGAAGACGGGGUUUCAACCCCGUGAGGCCACCAGGAUACAGUCAAAUAUUGCACCGAGCACAUUCCCGUAGGGUUGGGGUUGCAAAGACAAGGCCCAGACAAGGGCUCCACUGAGGCCACUGAAGGAAACUUUGGGCUUUGAAAACCCGCACCUGCCUCUGCUCCCCCUUCCGCCGAAUCCACAGCUAAUAGAACUGUUACAGGGUCUUCCAGACUCGCUCCUCCCAGCAGAUGACCUCAGGUGAUAAAUUGAGUCAGAAAGCUCCCUGAAGACUGCUGGAGUAAGUUGCUCUGAGGAUGGCAGUGAAAAUGCUGUGUUUCCAUUUUAGGUAAUAACCUGGUGGGGAGCGAAAUUAACAAGGCUUCCGUUGCCCGUGGACUUUCCAAAGCAGUUUUAUGGUUUCCUCAGUAGUGAGAUACUGCCCAUGGCCAGGUCAUUAGUUUCUGUUUCAUAGAACGUUACUAAGUCUUCAUUUCACCUGAGCUGCUCACUAGCAGUGUUUAUUUACCUGCAGCGCGCGCCAGAAAAUAGGCGAAAUAGCACAACAGUUAGCGCCCAGGCUUACCCAGCCAGGGAUCCAGUUAGAAUCCACUUUGCUGCUUCUCAGCCACAAAGCAACGGGUGCUUCUUCGCCGCAGAACAGCAGGAGAGGCCAGUUCCUUCUCAUCGCUAAGCCUCCGUCUCUGCAUCUACAAAAUGGGCAUAAUUACAAUUGCAGCACAGGAUCGCUUAGUGCACAUUAAACCAAACAAGCAAGGCAAGCAUCCCACAGCGCCUGACUCACAGUUAACGUUACCAAAAAAGAUACCAUUAUUAAGGCGACAGAAGGAAGCGAUACAGGCUCUAUCUAGAAUGUCAGGGACCAGGACUGAUCUCAUGCGUCGUUUUCAGGGGAGACUGUCUGAGUCUCUUGUUCUUUGUUUCUCGAGUGUUCAUUUAUAGAAUUUAAACCAACCUUAUUAUUUCAUUUUCCGGGCCAAGGGAUUGGAAGCAGCAAUGCAGAGAAGGUAAGGAAGGAGAUGUGAGGGCAGGAACUGAGUAGAGGAGGGGAACCUGGGUAAGAGGGAGGGGGAGAGAAAGGAACUAGAGAAGCAGCCUGGAUGGAGAAACCUUUAAAAGCAGACAGCAGAGUUUGAAGAAUGUGGAAGGCUGUGACCUGUUGUAACGGGGCAGUCUUCGGAAGCCCCGGACUAAAUCCCAGUGCUGUCAUUUCAGUCAAUGUCACCUCCACUCCUUUCCCCAAAGCUUCUCAGGACCCCAACUGAAUGUCCAUGGCCUUGAGGGAAAGACACACAGCUGUAAUGGUGGUCCUGGAAAGAACGGAGAAUGGGAUAUAAAAGGUGAAGCUGGGGCCUCUCUCCAGUUCAGUGACAGCACAAAAUCACAGGUACAGACUGAAGACCGGGGCACCCAGUGCUGUCUGGUGGAGGGACCGGCCACGGUGCCCCUCGUCGUCUUCCUCUGGCUGCAAGGGAGUUUUUUGCUCUUGAGUUGGCUUUAAAUCUCCUUUCAUUAAACAUCAGCCCUUAGUAAAGAGGGUUUCAGGGGGCAUCUCUUCUGCCUGAUUAUUCCCUAUGAAAUGGUUACACUUCCCUGGUCUCUAAGCCCCGUCUACACACAUCAUAGGAACCCACCAUUUCCAUGGGGGAUGGACCCAUCCUCCUCAGUCUUUCUCAAGGGGAGAGCAUCCUUGGGGCUAGGCCAGUCUAGAGUUCAUAGUGACUCUGGGCACAAAAGGAUACCCUUUGCCCCAGAAAGGAGUAUAUUAUUUGACUUGGGGGAAAUGAUUUUGUUUUUCCAAACCUUAUAUAUAGUUGCCUUACCUAUUCACUGGGUUUAUGCUUCUCAUGGACUUUUGAGGUAAGACUCGUGUUAUAUGAUGCAUGUAAAACACCUAUUUGAGAGCCUGGUACAGACCAAUAUCUAUAAUGCAGUACUGAGUGGCCCCGGUUAGCUUUUCUUGCUGUUAAGGCUGAUUUUGUUUGAAAAGCAGAUCAGGAAUGUCCGUAAGGACAGUAUUUCACCUUCCAGUCUGCCUCCUCCUUCCGGCUGCACCCCCCCCCCCAAGCUGGUGAGAGGGCCAUGAUGUUUUCCCUGGGGUGGCCUCUCUCAGUGUUCUGCUCUUACAAAAAGAACAAGGUGGGGGGACUCUCUUCUUUUCAUUGGAGAAGGAAAUCUUUCUCAAAAGCCUGUGCAGGAUUCCCCUAUUGGUCCCAUUAGCCAAAAACUUGGUCACAUGCCAUGGGCCAGAAUCACAGAAGAGGAAACGGAGGCACACAGACAUUUGAAACAGUGGGAGGGGACAAUUAAUCAACUAUGUAACCCUGAAUUGGUCUCUGUUGCCUUUGAGCAACUAUUACGCUCAUGUUUGUACAUCGUAGUCCGGGAAUUGAUCCUGUUCCGCGUCCUGUCUCUUUUAUUGCUGUCUUCAGCUGAAACACACAUCUUGUGUUCUUCUGGUUUCACUUUUAUUUGCCUCCCCAGCUCUGUCACUUUUACAGCUAUUUGCAGUCUGCAGUAUUUCUCUAUGUUAAGCUCUCCCCCUGACCCAAGCAGACUUUGCAAAAACAUAAUUGGGUCCCUGCCCUGUCCCCCGAUGCAGAACAUCCCAAGGAGCCCCAUUAUUUACAGUAUCAGCGUUUAAGUGCAGGACUCUGAAACACAAGGAGAGGUCCGUGCCUGGCCGCCUCGCUUCACGGCGGCAUCCCCUUGGGCAAGGUAGUCUCUCCAGAAGUCACGUAUUGUUCGUGAUUUUUAAUUAUGCGUGUUUAUACACUUAUUUACUUAAUGUUUCAUCUGUUUCAGUAGGUGAAACUGUAGGAGGACGGAGGUGUUGUCUAGAGCCCCCAAACCGGGAACCAGCCUGAACCAGUGCCUGGCAGGCAGGUGGCACCUAAGAAAUAAUGCAGGACCCCAGUACCCUCUGUUUCAGGGUUGUCGGGAUUAAAUGUGGUGAUUCGUACAGGAUGUUUCACGUGCAUGGUGGGUGAUCAGAGGCUAGCUUUCCUUUGGCCGUUUUGUUUUUUUUAUAUAGUAAAAGGAGUGAAAUUCAAUUCCCCGCAGCGUGGCGUCCACGUUCCCGUCUUUCAAGCCUCACACUCGCUGUUUGCUGUUCCGUCCAAUGCCUCGUAUUCAGACCAUAGCACCACCACCCCGCGUUCCCCCAGAUAAAUCAGGAAUGUGGACAAGAAUUCUGCCCUGUGCAGUCUUGUGCCCGGCUGCCCUCUCCCCAACCUCCCCAGUUAUGGGCCGUGUCACAGGCUUGUCCUGGAUGCCCUCGCCAUCCACUGCCCCCCCACGUGAUGAAUAAAUGUGCGUGUGGUAGCCCCGUGGACACACACGAGGGUCGCACUUUUCCUAUUGGAAGGUGGGCGUGGCCGUGUGACUUGCUGUGCACAAGGACAGUGAGGCCAAGUGCCGCGUGUCACAUCUGGCCCAGAGCUUUGAGAACCGCCCAUGCAUUGUGCAUUUUCUCUUCCCCUCUCGCUUGUGAUGUGCACUGCUUUGAGACAGCAGGUGUUCUGUCGUUCUAGGUCUCUGGGAGACUUUCGUGAACCGAGACCUGCCACCAGCCCACUUGGGAUGAGCAGCCAAGGGAGGAGGGGCUGCCUAGGGAGGGGGUGUUCAUCUCCCUUACCCUAGCGUGGCCCUGCCUUUGCAGUUGUCCUGGAGUGUGCCUUCCCACACAGGUGACAUUAGUGUCAUCACUUGCUGGUUCGGCUGCAUCCCUCAGGAAACAGCUUCCCUGGAGAGCGGGGCAAACCACCGCUUCUAGAGCUGUGCACCCCCCCGCGCCUGGUCCAGGAGAUUGAUGCAGGAUUGCUGAAGAAUGUGGGGACCUGCAUGUAACUGGCGGCCCGCGACACCCAUGUGUCACUGAUCGGGAGGCUCUCCCCGCGGCAGCGCUUCAUGACCCAGCGGCGCCCGGCCCAGUGAAGCCACCAUGGUGUCCAGCACAGCGGCGCUGCUCCUGGGCGCCGUGCUCCUGGUGGCCCAGCUGCAGCCCGUGCCUUCCCGCCCCGCCGCCGCCGCCGCCGCGCCCGGGGCCGAGCCGGGCCAGCCAGAGCUGUCGCGCAGAGCGGCCACCGUCCAGGGCGACGGCCGGGACGGCGCGCCCCCCAACGGCUCGGCGCAGCAGCUGCCGCAGACCAUCAUCAUCGGUGUGCGCAAGGGCGGCACGCGCGCGCUGCUGGAGAUGCUCAGCCUGCACCCCGACGUGGCGGCCGCCGAGAACGAGGUCCACUUCUUCGACUGGGAGGAGCACUACAGCCAAGGCCUGGGCUGGUACCGGGGCCAGAUGCCCUUCUCGUCCCCGCAGCAGCUCACGGUGGAGAAGACCCCCGCGUACUUCACGUCGCCCAAAGUGCCUGAGCGCGUCCACAGCAUGAACCCGGGCAUCCGGCUGCUGCUCAUCCUGCGCGACCCGUCCGAGCGCGUGCUGUCCGACUACACCCAAGUGUUCUACAACCACGUGCAGAAGCGCAAGCCCUACCCGUCCAUCGAGGAGUUCCUGGUGCGCGACGGCCGGCUCAACGUGGGCUACAAGGCCCUCAACCGCAGCCUCUACCACGUGCACCUGCACAACUGGCUGCGCUUCUUCCCGCUGCGCCGUAUCCACAUCGUCGACGGCGACCGCCUCAUCAGGGACCCCUUCCCCGAGAUCCAGAAGGUCGAGCGGUUCCUGAAGCUGUCGCCGCAGAUCAACGCCUCGAACUUCUACUUUAACAAAACCAAGGGCUUUUACUGCCUGCGGGACAGCGGCCGGGACCGCUGCUUGCACGAGUCCAAAGGCCGGGCGCACCCCCGAGUGGACCCCAGACUCCUCAGUAAACUGCACGAAUACUUUCACGAGCCAAAUAAGAAAUUCUUCGAGCUUGUCGGCCGGACAUUUGACUGGCACUGAUUAGCAAUAAAGUGAGGCUCGGAACCUUUCCCGUUGUAAGUUCUGGUGUACGUCUGGGGGAGAGAGAGAAAAAGAAGAAUUUUAAAAGGGCAUUUAAGCUAUAAUUUAUUUGUAAAGUCCAUAAAUUACUUCUGUACAGUAUUAGAUUCACAAUUGCCAUAUAUACUAGUUAUAUUUUUCUACUUGGUAAAUUGAGGGCAUUUUGUAUUGUUUUUCAUGGUUGUUAACAUUGUGUAAUAUGUCUCUAUAUGAAGGAACUAAACUAUUUCACUGCAAAAAAAAAAGCAACAAAAAAAAAACACAGAAAUCUGGAGACCCUGUCUUUUUUGAAUAUGAUUAACUUGCCCCGACUCAAAAUAGCUGUCUGUGUUAUAUUCGUUGCAAGAUCUAUAUAUUCCUUUGUUACUUUAAAAAGAAAUGUUUUUCAUGGCAAUUAUGCUUCUCUCUUGCCCUCUCUUCUUCAUUGUUCUUUUUAAUUUUUAAUGUCUCGCUGUGGCCAUCAGAUUUAUUUUUUACUUGCAUUGUGAGAUCUGUCUUCACUGAGAUAUCCCCUGUUAUUUUCUGGAGGUUUCAGGUUCGCCCAUUCUUGACAGCAGGUUCCGGAGUGUGGAUUUUUUUUUUUUUUAACCCCCGUAGACGCCGCGUGGACAAAGCAAUAUUAAGACUGGAAGAGUCGUUAAUACCUGCAAGAGGCUCCCCGUUACACAUCUCUGCCUCAAAGAGUGCUUGCAUCCAUUUCUGAGCUCAGCAAUGGGCAAAACGACACAAUAAAGGGGAUUAAACCGUUGGCCUUCA